CACUCUAGAUUUCAUAAUGGCGGCUGAAAUUGGGAGGGGGAUGGUAAAGUUGUGCCAAGAUGAGAGCCCGUAGAAACAUCAAAAGCUUAAGAUAUGACAAAUUAGAAAUAUCCAGUUUUGUAAGCAGAUAAUGAAGAUGAGUAACAGAAGACUGGUUGAAUACUUCGUGAUUGUUGGGUGUUCAGAAACCGACAAUUUGUAUCAUGCUAAAAAGAUCAAAGGCACCAUUAUACAAAGAUUUCCAGAAGAAGAUCUCAAAGACUUCCCCUUUCCAGCUGCUGUUGAGCUGUUUUGUCAGCCUGGUGGAUGGCAAGCAAGUUAUGUGUACCAUGACCCAAAAUACUACUAUGCAAUAUUGACAGAUGUCGAAGGUACCCACAGCUACUGUGGUUGCCUCUUGUUUUAUGAACCAGUUCUUUCUAAGAAAACAAGACCCAGCUCACAAAGAAGGAAGUCUUCCAGUACUGAAGGCCAGACCAAAGCUCCUGAUGAAGACGAUGUUGAAGAGCAUAGGGAAAUGACAUAUUAUGUCCCAAAAUGUCUCUGCCUAGUAACGAGGCAAAAACACUUGGAUACCCUUAAGAGCUGUAUGGCUACAAUAUAUUCAGCAUAUGCAGCUAAUGACAUUGAUAAACUGGAAAAUAUGAUUGGUUAUGCUUUGGGUCUUGUUAAUAUCCCACCACCUGGUGGACCAAAGCUGUCAUUUUCCCUUGGUGGGAAUGACUGCCAGUUCAUUUAUCCUGCACUCAGUGAAUUUAUCCCAACUUCGAAUCAAUCGGUGGCCAUCAUUUUUAAUCAACUUGGUAUUCACAACAUAAUCAUGGUUUUCACUGCCCUAGUUACUGAAAACAAAUUGCUCCUUUUGUCAAGCAGCUACACUCAUCUCGUUUUAACUGCACAAGCUUUCUUGGCUCUCUUAUAUCCACUAACAUUUAGCUAUGUUUAUAUACCAAUACUUCCAUCUUCUUUGCUGGAUUUUCUAACUGCGCCAACGCCAUUCUUGAUGGGAGUUCAUAUGUCAUACAAACGGGAUAUACCGGAUUUGUAUGAUGUUGUCACAGUCAACAUUGAUGAGGGCUAUGUCACUGUUCCAGAUAGCAUUCACUUGCCUUUGAUUCCCGAACCAUUCUUCUCCAAGACUUUAGCCACACUAAAAUCAAUUUUGACGCCAUCGUUAAGAUAUGCCGACAUGCUUUUCCCGCCCUCUUCAGAGGAGAUUGAUUUGGCUAUGCAGGAUAAACAACUUCGAGCUGUCUUCGUGCAGUUAUUUGCAGAAAUGUUUAGCAAGUACCGGACCUGUCUGACAAUCAUCCGGAUUCAUCCUAAGCCGGUCAUCUCAUUUAACAAGGCCAUUUUCUUAGAAAGACGCGGCUUGGUAGCUGAUGAUUUCUUUAACAAGGUGCUUGAAAGUGUUGCCUUUUCUUCAUUCAUAUCCCAGCGAGGCUCUCCAUUCAGGAAAUGUGAUUUGUUCGACGAGCUUGUUGCAAAAGUGGAAGCUAAACAAAGUGCUGACAACGAAAGCUUGGAUGAGUUGAUGACCAAAAUUCAGAACAUUGCUGAUACUCUUUACAACAAUGAGCCGGAAACAGCGCAUUCUGGGGAAGGAAGUGAGAUUAGCCAAACCGAACCUAUUACUACAGAGACAAAAAGAAGGUUUCCUCUUCUAAAUCGUGAGAGGAUUAACGCAGUAAUGAAAGAACAAGUAGAAAUUUCAGCUGCCCGAACCUACGACGUGCAGAUUGUUAGCCAGGAAAGAGUUCCGACCGGAUUCACAGGACAUACGCUGCACCAGUUUGUGAACAGAAGAAGAAUUGACGUCAUCAAAGAUUGCGUUUCGUAUAUAUUCGACAACAAAAUUUCAGACGCUAGAAAGAUUUUCCCCUCAGUAUUGAGAGCUUUGAGGAGCAAAGGUGCCCAAUUAGCUCUUUGUACCGAAUUAGACCAAAUGAUCAAGAUGAAACGUGCCUUUUUGGAGCAUGGUCAAUUUGAUCUCUUAGUCAGACUCCUGAAUGCGUGUUUACAGGAUGAAGCCGCAUCCGUGACAUCAACUGUUGCAGCAGCAAUUCUCCCUUUAUCCUGUACAUUUUUCAGAAAUCUGGCCCCUGGUGUUGUUCAGUUUUUGUACACAUGCUUGCAAGACCAUACCGUUUGGAGCAAACACCAGUUUUGGGAGGAAGCUUACUAUACCGAGGCCCAGAACAAUAUCAUUGAACUGUACCUCAAGCAAAUGCAAAAGAAAAAGGCCGAUGAAGAUUUUCAUGCUGGAAGGGAAAUUCGCAAGACAAUGUCAGAUGUUGCCGAUCUUUUGAAACUUGCCCCUGAAAAUGGUCAUGCAAAUAAGCCGGUUAGAAACAGUGUCCUGCUUACCCCAAUUGUUUCGCAAGCCAGCUCAACAAGAGGUCGCACAAGUAGCAGGUCGAUCAGUGACAUGAAAAAAGAUUCACUCAGCCUCGACGAAAUAAGCGAGAAGGCGCCGCCUCCUGCGAUGGAGCUUGCUGCAGAUUUGCUGUCUUCCUGGCCCGCGAAAGUGGAAGAAGAAAGAAAAAAGGCAAUCAGUGAAGAGGAAAGCAUAGUCUACGGACUGGCACAGCUCUUUGCCAGCAGAAUGAUCUAUUUGCGAGUGCCAAUCGAUGCACAUGAGCAGAUGACGAAAUACCACGAGCGAAGGAGAAAAAAGGAUUUCGCACUGCAACGUUUGCAGGCUGACGAUGGGGGCAGCAUUUCAGAAAAUUUGUCCAAUCGGACCGGAGGUGCAGUUUUGGAGAGUACAGCAGGUCAUGAUGGAUCUCGUAGUAUAGCAGAAAGCAGUGCCUGGGAGAGUUACGAUUAUGGUGAUGGUGGAAUGAACUAUGCUGACAGUGUUGCCGACAGUGUUACCAAGCUUGUUCUGCGAUUUGUAGAAAGAGUUUGCUUGGAAGCAGAUAUUAACACAGACCACGUUAAAACGCUGCAGUCUCUCGUUCCAGGGCUUGUUUCUUUGCAAAUGGAAACUCUCAAUGAAGUUUAUCGCGAAACAAAGAACCUGGCACCAACCCAGAGGGUCAAGAUUAUGAAACCCCAGCUGCUAGCUGGAGAAAUUCUGCAAUUUGAUGGCUUGCGGUGUUUCCUUCUUGCCGAUGGCAGAGAACUUGGUGUAAGACGUGAGGUGCCAACAGGCCACUCAACUCCGCAAGAAGACGCAGCGGAUAAGAAACAAGAUAUGGGGUCAGAUAUAGGUGGACCUUGCCUUUUGCCCGCAGAAGGAGCAAUCUUCCUCACCAAUUAUCGAGUGAUAUUCAAAGGGACUCCUGUGGAUCAGUUUUCAUCUGAAAUGAUGGUGUCUCGGUCGUUUCCCAUUGGCUCCCUGGUUAAAGAGAAGCGCAUCAAUGGGAGGUUUAAAGUUGGUGCUGACCAAUGGUUGCAGGAUUGUUUACAGUUGCGUUCUUGCGUCUUUCAGAUCAUAAAGCUCUGUUUCGAUGAAGAAGUUAGUGCUGAGCUUGUCGAAAGUUUUCGUAAGUCACUGCAGCGACUAAGAUGGCCGCAAUCUGUGUUCAGUACUUUUGCCUUCGCCAUCGGCGUAAGAACUAACGUUUCAAGGACAUUGUCGCAAAGAAACUAUAGUAUCAAAAAAUCACAGAAAUCAUUAAGCGCUGUCGCUGCUUUGGCAAAAAAGAAGGCAAACAAUACUCGGGGCUCUUUGCGAAGGCAGAAAUAUUUAAUCUCUGGAGAAAGCAAUAAGGAAAAGAUGGAACAGAAUGAAGAGUCUGCAGCGUGCUCUGAGGAGGAGGAAAAUAGUGCUUCAAGGCGGGAAAGUGUUUUGGUGAAAGGGCACAUAGAAACACCAUUGCAGAGUGCAGAUAAGCUUGGGGAAACUCUGCUGUGUAUAGAUUACGAGAGGGUAGGACUUGGCAGUGUGAGCAAGUUGGUACCAGGCUCCCCAUGGAGGCUUUCGAUGGCUAACUUGAAUUAUAGUGUUUGUCGGAGCUACCCACAGGUCAUUGUUACGGCAGCAAAAAUCUCAGACGACAUAAUCAUGAAAAUCGCAAAGAACUAUCGAAUAAACAGGCUACCAGUCCCCGUAUGGCGACAUCGUCGGAGCAAAGGUGUGCUCCUUCGUUGCGGUGGUCUUACUAAAGGGGUCAUUGCAGCCGCUUUGAAGGCUGGCUUAGAGGGGACACAAAAUGAUCGGAUUUCGCUCACAAACCCGAGUCUAGAUGAGAGGUUUUACUCAGAGCUUGUUUGUGCGACUGCAUUGUCUAUGGGGAAAGGGAAAGGAAAAGAGCAGUCGAUAAGUGCAGGGGCAGCUCUUUCCUUAUCGGCGAUUAAUGAAGACUUAACCUCGGUUCUGAGUGGGGACGAUACCUACAACAAGAUCGCAAGUGAGGCCGAGAACGAUUCUAAUAACUGGAAGCCGUCAAAUCUGUAUCUGUAUUGUGACAAGGCCGUAGCAAAGAAUAUAAAGUUUGAACCGAGCUGCAAAUGCACAUUAGUGGCUGCUGAGGUUCAUGAUGCCUAUCAAAUCAAAGUCAGCUUCAACAAACUGCUCAAAGUUUGCUGUCCAAGCUCUCCGAGUGAAACAGACACAUUUUAUCACGAUUUUGAGGAAAGCAAAUGGCUGCAUCAGGUUUCAAACGUACUGCAGCUGGCCUGCUCUGUUGUCAAUCUAAUCGACAUUCAAGGUUCCUCGUGUCUUGUCAGUUUUUCAGAUGGAUCUGAUGCAACUUCACAGAUAACUUCACUGGCUCAACUGAUGCUCGAUCCAUUCUACCGAACUAUUGAAGGCUUCAAGGUCUUAAUCGAGAAAGAUUGGCUUUCGUUUGGCUACCGAUUUGCGCAUCGAGGCAACCACAUUUUGCAGUUCCAAAGCGGCUUGUCGCCUUUCUUUUUGCAGUUUUUGGAUGCUGUACACCAGAUCAUGAGUCAGUAUUCAUCAGCUUUCGAAUUCAACAACUACUUUCUGUGUUUCCUUGCAUACCACAACGGCUCAAUGCGGUUCAAUACAUUUAUGUUGGAGUCGGAACACGAGCGAUCGCAACAAGGCUGGCUUAAUUCUGAUGAAAAGGAAGACGAGAAGGGUGUGCCAAGGGUCACUGGGCAAAGUAUUUGGGAUUAUUUACGACACCAUAGUGAAAAAUCAACCACGUUCCACAACUUCAAAUAUCAUCCUUCAUUUCACAAGGGUGCCCUUCAACCGAUGUGUGGAAUAUCCAAUCUGGAAGUCUGGGAUUUUUACCUAAACGAAAACCUGUAUACGGGCGGUAUUUACGACCUGGAGCUGAUGUCUGAUAUGGACACGGUGAAUCCAAAUAGCGAGGCAACAUCACAAUCUCAAGCGACUGCGGUCGAGAUGAAAGAAGAUUGGCGUCAGUGUCUCAUUGGUUACUAUGGAGAUACGACACAGUUUAUAAGAGACGAGACCUCGUAUCAACUGAAUGAACUACUGCGAUUAAGAGAAGAGCUCGACAAAACGGCUAUUUAUUGGAACGAACUGUGGAUGGAUAUUGACGUCACCAAGCAAGUGCGAAAGCAAACAAGAUCGUUACAUUGGGAACAAAUAUGGUCCAGAGGCAGAGCAUUGGCGUUGCAAAAACGCCUCACCAUGGAGAUUGUCAUGCAGGGCAAAGCGACACGAAGCGUUGAUAACACUCAAAGAGAAUUAGGAUUUGACCAGCAGCACAAUUUCCAGGCUCACAACUAUUAUUCGAAUACUAUAUGCAAUUACUGUCUUAAGCCAAUCAGAGGAUACAAUGCAGGCUUUCAGUGUUCAGACUGCGCCUACAAUGUUCAUACUAAAUGCAAAUCGCUGGCACCAAAUGUUUGCUCUAAACACCAGGCCCUACAAGACCAGCAAGCGGUAACCAUGUCAACCAGUACCCACAGUGUACCUGGUAUUGAUAGCAGUCAAAAAAAUCCACGGAAUUAUAAAGGAAAGCUGCGUAAACGCGGGCACUUGUUGCGUCAAUGGCUUGAGAGGUGGUACGUGCUAGACACACAGCAAAACCAGCUACUGUACUAUGAUGCUGAAGAUGAAACAGUUCUUAAAGGCCAUGUCGAUCUUGGAGAAAUGAAGUCAGCCCGUGUGAUAACAACACCACCAAGUCCUCCUAAAGGUGCAGAUCCGCAAGCUUUCUUCGAAAUCGAAACAACUAGGCGAGUGCAUAUCUUGCUUGCCCCAGACAGGGACAUUGCUUUGGAAUGGAUAGAUCGCUUGAAUAACUUAUUAUCAUGAUUUUUAUAAUUGCCCAUUUUGGGUUGAGUUCGACUGCCACUGGAGCAUUUCAAAGUGGAAUGUGACAACAGAAUGCCACGUAACUGAUAUGAAGUUGCUGCUCAUGAUGAGUUGUCUUGGUGAAAAGGCGCUUUAGAGAGAAAAGAUCCCGGUUCUUGAAUUCUUUUGAGAUCUCUUAAUAUUAUGUACAUUAGUUUGUGAAAAGCAGGCAGCUGCUCUAAGGUUUAUCAAUAUCACAAGGGUUGUUGAAAACAUCAGCCUUCAUCGUCUUUAAUUAUUAGCCCUUUGAGGGGGACGUUUGUAAAAUUCUGAAUUAAUCAGUCCUGAAACGAAAAUACCUAUAACAGAUGUAAACCGAUUUUAAUUGUUGUGUUUAAAAAGUCUGAUCCUCGUGUAUUUGGUUUGUGCUAUAAUAACAAGCGGAUAGGCUGCUUGUGGAGUAAUUGAAUUCAACAUUGCGUUAAGACUACCCUCGGCUUUAACGUAGACCUUUCCUCGACCCUUUUAGAUUUGAAAAAAAGAUGAAGUUAUGCCUUAUUAGUUUUCUGUUAUUUGGCAAUGUAUCCAUUUCUGUUUGGAGGAAAUUUAUAUUUUACAAUUAGGUAUCGCUGGAGCAGGUAAUCAGUAUUUUUGUAGCAAGACAAAACUAAUUGCCAAAUAUCAUAACCACGACUUGUCUCAUCAUAGUUUUUGCUAAAUGUUUUCAUAAUACUGGUCUUCAGUGCGGGCCUCCUUAUAUGAGUUUGUAUCAAGUGAAAUGGUUAAUCCGAGAAUGGACGGGGAUCCCUUUAGAGUCGUUGUCUUUAACAUUUACGCUGUUCAUAGAAAUGUAUGUUUUGUUUGAGGCAUUAUUUCGAAAUAAAAUGAUAAUUAUAGCUAUCUGUGGGUAGAAGAUAACUAGGAAUUAAUUUAAUACUCCUGUUAGUGUUAAUUCUUUUUUAUGAUAGUGUGGAUUUAUGGUAAAUAGAUAUGUAAGACAAAAUUUGUUUCUUUAUUUGCCUGCAAUAAACUAUGUUUCUAUUGAAUCUCUUCGCGAACCUUUAGCUGCCUAACUUUAAAAAUGAGCAUUAUGCGCGUUCAACUGCAGUAUCGUAUUUUUGUGUCGAGGGCCAUGGUGUCGAUGAUUUUAAAUCAAUGCUUUGAGCUUGUCCUUCAACCAGAGAAAAUCAACCAAAAUAUUUAUUAAAACUCCCUUGCAAGAAUACUUAUAAUAUUUGAUAAAAUUGAUGUGAAAAUACUUGAAGUCUCGUCAGUCUCGUUUCCUGCUCCUCACGCCUCUAUUUGUUUCCUAGGCCCUAGCUGUGUUUCCUGGCAUAAUUUUGUCAGGUAAGCAGGGAAAUACUUUACUUGAUCCUAUAUGAAUCAUCAUUUUAUGGUUGAAAUCUGAUCAAUCAAGUUUCUAGGUUUACAUCAUCUCGUGGAACUUCCAUGCUUUACAGCUCUGAUAAUGUAAGAUUUACCUUCAGCAUCUAAAAUAUUUCAUGUAAGAUAUAUAUUGCAUUGGUUUUUUGAUACACGAUCAACUUUAAAAAAUCCACUUCAUUUAAAGUUACAUUUUGUUGCCAAAACGCUUGAGCUUAUUGGUGGCAAUGAACUUUCUUGAUUAUAAAUGUUUUAUCAUUUGGUGAAGAACAGAAACCAAGAAUCAAUACAAUCAAAUUAAUUUUUACAUUGAUUUCUAAGAUUAAAUUGAAUUGGUUGCUCAGCAAACACCUGGUUUUUGCUAAUUUGAGCUUGAAUCAAAAUUUUGCGAAAACGUUCCAUGGUUGUUUCUUUGUUUACAAUUCUUGUUAAUGAAAAUUACUGAAGAAGACUGGCAGCUGGGUAUCAAAAUGUUUUUAAUGUCUCAAAAUCUAAAGAAUAUUAAAGUACACAUUUACUUUUUGCCUUUUGUAAAAGAUAGCAUCUGGUCUCCGGUCACUAGAAAUCAGGCUUUUUCUAAAGUCAUAUUUAUCAUAAACUUUCCGCUAUUGUAUCUCAGCAAACUCUACAGUUCUCUAUAAAACAGGAUGCAGAGAUGUCUGAUUGAUUCGUCUACUUGCAAGCAGCCGAAAUGCACGCCAAGACUGUAUUCACACUUGCCGUUGUUUUUGUUGUGUGUUUCUGGUUGUCAAACUGCACUGCAAGACGGUGUAACUCAACAUGUUUGGGAAAGGAAGGAUUAAUGUUGAGCUUGUCUGGCAAAAAGAGCUGUAUGCUAACGUUUUGCCAUAAGUGCAAAAUACAAAGAAUGUUCGUAGAUCCAUGUGAUAAACUUUCGAAGAAAUGGGAAAAGGUUCCCAAGCAAAAGCAAACGAAAAUGUGCAAGAGCAAACACGAAACGAUGUUGGGUCGCACGUUCAAGAUCUUGAAGGUCAAGAAAAACGCUGUGCAAGGAAAAGUCUGUCUUGAAGGGAAGGUUGAAAAUGUGGUUGCAUACUCCUAUAACAUCUGGCUUCCUAGAAAUCGUAAAAGUAACUUCUAAACAUGUUUGUUGUUAGCUUAUUCGGCGGAUGAGUAAGUAGUUUAAAAAAUCUAACAAUUAUCAUUGAUGUAUCUAUAGUUUAUCCUGUUCAAA